UGCCCUUGCCAGUGAUAAUCUGCCAACAUGGGUUAGGUGAGAGGCACUGAGGAGCUAAGUAGGUGCACCCCAAUUUCGCUUAUGGAACAAAAGGAGAAAAGGACCCAAUGGGAUUUGAUCUCAUUUUAAGGAGUUUUAGUGGUUAUAUGACAUGAUGAAUCCAUACACCAUUAAGAAACAGCCUCUGCAUCAGUUUGUACAAAGACCACUUGUCCCACUAUCUGCAGCCUUAUGUAACACAGUGAGACACAUGUUUAUUCAAACACAAGAUACCCCAAAUCCCAACAGUUUAAAGUUUAUUCCUGGAAAACCAGUUCUUGAGACAAGGACCAUGGAUUUCCCCACACCAGCUACAGCAUUUCGCUCCCCUCUGGCUAGGCAAUUAUUUAGGAUUGAAGGAGUAAAAAGUGUCUUCUUUGGACCAGAUUUCAUCACUGUCACAAAGGAAAGUGAAGAGUUAGACUGGAAUUUACUGAAACCAGAUAUUUAUGCAACAAUCAUGGAUUUCUUUGCAUCUGGCUUACCCUUAGUCACUGAGGAAACAUCUUCAGGAGAAGCAGGUGAUACGUUGGGAUCUGAAGAAGAUGAUGAAGUUGUGGCAAUGAUUAAAGAACUAUUAGAUACAAGAAUACGGCCAACUGUGCAGGAAGAUGGAGGAGAUGUAAUAUAUAAGGGCUUUGAAGAUGGUAUCGUACAGCUGAAACUCCAAGGUUCUUGUACCAGCUGCCCUAGUUCAAUCAUUACUCUGAAAAAUGGAAUUCAGAACAUGCUGCAGUUUUAUAUUCCAGAAGUAGAAGGCGUAGAACAGGUUAUGGAAGAUGAAUCAAAUGAAAAAGAAACAAAUUCACCUUAAAAUAUUUGAGUUUUUUUUGGGCCCAGCAAUCGGACUUAUUGAUACUGUAUACCUUGCUUUUAUUAUUAACUGCUAAGGAACUGUAGAUUAAUAAAAUAUGCCCUUUCUUCAGAGAAUGAUA